CUUUCGUCCCCUCCUUUUCUACUGUUGCCCUUCUCAUGAUCAACCUUGACCCUGAGAGUGUCUCAAUUCUUCGCAGCGUGAGUGUCACUUUUGGAUCGAUGCUACCCCCUUCCUGAUGAUGCGUUACCUUAUCUAACACUUUUUUUUUCCUUUUUAUAUUCUCUCUGCGUAUCACUUUGCUCUUUGCUUUUCUUCGCCCUUUUGUUUUUUUCUCUUUAUAUAUAAUUUUCACUUUUGACGAAACGUGUUUCUGUCAUAGCCAAUGUUGUCUGGAACAAACUUAAGAAAACAGUCGUCUCUUGGAAAUAUCCAAUCUAGCCAGCAUGGCCGACAAAGUAUGCGGCAGUCAAAAAGCGAACCGUCCACCACAUCCCAGCUCUCCGGAGUAGAUGCCAAGGCACAGCGUCGAUGCACUACUGGAUCAUUAAAACACACAGCUUCACUUUCUAGAAGCACGAAUUCUUCCGGAUCUCAUCUCAAACAGGAAAUCUGGAGACCACCAGGUAACUGCGAAAUUCCGGAUAUUCUUGGUAAAGCUUUCUUGAAGCCUGCCUUGAUGCCAUCGGAAUUGGCCACUACAUUGAGAGCGUACAAUCCAAGCAAAAAUGUAUCAAAGCGUCCAUGGUACCCUCCUAGCGCUCAUGCCACCAUUCCAACCCUGGAACCUGUGGUUCGUAAAAAUGAUUUCGAAGCAAGAAUUCGAAAGGCAUUACCCAAAUUUGCCGUAGCAUCAACCGACCCACGUUCAUUGUAUCAAGGUUUCAGCGAAAUUGGAACUGGUGUCAAUGGAUCCGUUGUACGAGCCACACAUCGCAAGCGAAAUAAUCUGCAACUGGCCAUCAAGCGCUGUCGUCUGGACCCUGAUCGAGAAUACCGUGCAGCCAUCUUACGUGAACUUCGCAUUAUGGCUACUGGACAUCAAAAUUUGAUUCGUCUUCGCGAAGUAUCUGUGUGGAAGAACGAUGUCUGGAUGGCUAUGGAUCUUAUGCGUUGCUCAGUAUUUUCCGUACUUUGCCAACGAGGCAUACCAGAAGCCUAUGUUGUCUAUAUCACAACUGAAACCCUCAAAGCACUUGCUUUCCUUCACGACAAGGGAUUCCUUCAUCGUGAUGUCAAAUGUGAAAACUUGCUACUGGGCUGGAAUGGCGAAGUAAAGCUGGCUGACUUUGGUCUUUCCGCCCGUACCAAUAAGCGACAUCGGGAUCGUCUUGGCACAAGCAAAUGGAUGGCCCCUGAGGUGAUUCGUGAGCAAUAUUAUAACGAGAGAAUUGACAUGUGGUCACUUGGUAUCACCAUCAUUGAAAUGAUGGAUCGAGUUCCUCCUCAUUAUCUGAUCAAGGAUGAAGAAGAACUCUUCGAUGUUGUUCUUAGUGAACCCUCUCCUACAUUCACCUACAGCUAUCCCACCAUGUACAUGCGCGGGUUGGUUGCUUGGCUUCUUGAAGAAGACCCACGAACCAGACCCUCUGCAAGAGAUGUUCUCUAUGUAAGUUGUUCACAACAGGUUUCGUUGCCUCCCCACUCCUUCUCCUAACUGACAUCUCCCCUCUACCCCCCACACAGGAAAUCGAUGCACAUGUCCAAAGUGAAUUGCUCCAACGUGCUUCAGCACAUCACUUGUCACAAUUUUUGUACCAAGUCUUGCCUCAAUACUAAACUCAACUCAUAAAACCACCCACUGAGUGAUCCAAGACAUCUCUAUAUGGCUCCCAAUUAUUUUUUUUUUCUUAUUUUAUUUCCCCUUCAUGCAGAAUUCAUACAGAAAAGUAAUAUUUAAAAUAGCAUAUUUUUUUCUUCUCUACAUCUGAGUGUGAUGUUGGGCUCCAAGGCUCUUGAUUCAACCGUUUACGGCGGUAUCAUUUCCCUUUUUCUCCUCUUCCACAUCUACCUCCCUC